CCUGAAGGGUGCCGUCUCCGUCCAUAAAAUAGUUCCAGCUUUCCCCUCUUUUCGCUUGACCUUCCACUCUCUCGUCAGAGUUCCUUGACUUCACACCCACAAUAUGUCUCCUUCAGCUAUUGUUUCCGAGGCCGCGUCCGUGCUCGCCAAUGGUUCGACGGCUGGGAAGCCCGAAGUUAUCGAGCAGACAGGCAUCCCGCCGUACUUAUCGACGAUGCCCGGAGAGGAUUUCGAUUGGAAAGUUUCGCUGAAAAACAAAGUCAUAGCCAUCACUGGAGCCAAUCGCGGUAUUGGUCUUGGUCUUGCCACCGUAUUCCUGGCGAAUGAUGCCGCCCACAUUUACUCUCUGGAUCUGUUCGAACCUGGCGAGGAGUUUGAAGCGCUUCAGAAAGCCCAUCCGAAGCGCGUUCAUUACUUGAGCUGCGAUGUCACCUCGGAAGAGAGUGUCACCAAGGCUGUUGAUCAAAUUGUAGCACAGUCUGGCGCCAUUCACGGCAUGGUUGCGAACGCCGGUAUGACGAAGCACCAGCCAGCCUUGGACUUCGACCAAGCCCAGCUUGAACAAAUGUUCAACCUCAAUGUCUUUGGCGCGUACUAUUGUGCCACUGCUGCCGCGAAGAAAUUCAUUGAGUUGGGCAUCAAAGGCAGCGUUGUGUUCACUGCCUCAAUGACCUCCUAUCGCCCCAACCGAGCUGGACCUUCGGCACCCUACGGCGGUACCAAGGCGGCCGUUCGCAACAUGGCACACACCCUCUCGAUGGAAUGGUCAAAGCACGGCAUCCGUGUGAACAGCAUCUCUCCAGGAUUUGUCAGGACACAGAUGACUUACAAGAUCGAGCGCGCACCGGAUUUCGCAGAGAAAAUGCACUACUAUGGCGGCAUGCCCAGGUUGGCUGACCCCAGGGAGCUCGGUGGGGGUUAUGUUUAUCUGCUGAGCGACUCUGCGUCAUACACAACCGGAAUCGACAUUCCUAUUGCGGGUAUCGUUGGCGCUUGGUAGGGCCGACAGCUGUUCCAAGUUGCUGCUGCAUUGGGAGGAGUUUGGGUAAAAGGCUGGCGGUCUCGACUUUUCGAUUCCCAUAUUAUAAACGUCUAUAAUGAAUGUUACGAAUGAUCUGAAAA